GCAGUGGUAAUGAUUGCCAUCACUGCAAUAUAGGUUGGCGCUUUAUCUAUUCAAAUGUAUCCCUAAUAUAUCUCUUCACACUGAAACUUCGAUAAACAAGUCCCUGUCUUAUCAUCGUAUUAUGUCAGUAUCACCACUCGCCAAUUAACACAAUCUAAAAAUAGCACAGUACACACCUGUUUGCAGAAUGUCAUCAGUGCGUGACCUUGUUAAACUUUUAUCAGUAUACCAGUAGAGUGAUAAAUUACGUCAGGCACAGUGUGUAGUUAGGGAUUUAGUUUGAUACAGGAAAGCAUUAGCUUGGAAUUUUGGAUUUCCGGGUGAAAUGAUUGAUUUCCGUAUGUCCGGGAAAUGGACAAAAAAUCCAUGAGACUCCCGGACAAUCCGGGAAACUUGACAUCAUAAUGGAUGAGCUACAGAAGCUUGAGCAUCUCUCCCUCGUGUCUAAAGUGUGUACAGAGCUUGACAACCAUCUGGGAAUGAAUGAUAAAGAUCUAGCUGAGUUCAUUAUAUCGCUGGCUGAGAAGAAUGACACAUUUGAAAGUUUCAAGAAGGUUCUAUUAGAAAAUGGUGCUGAAUUUGGGGAUUCAUUAAUCGCUAACUUGUUAAGACUGAUACAGAAGAUGAAACCAAAACCUAAACCAGUUGAGAAAGAGGUCAAGGUCGCAAAGGAUAUGUCUGACAUUGAGAUAAAAAAGAAACUUUUUCCAGGUCUAGCCUUACCAAAUGAAGUGAGGAGUGUGUCACCAGAGAAAGAUGAAAAGAUUGACAAGACAGACUUGGAUGUUGCUGACAACAUGAUGGGUGAAUUAGAAGCUUUGAUGUCCUCUGCAAAAUCUAUGAAUAAAAAAGAAUCGGACAAAGAUUACAAGCGUAAAGACAAAGAAAAGAAAAAGAAGCGACGUUCAAGAAGUCGGAGUCGUUCCAGAGAUCGUUAUCGAUCAAGGUCACGGUCGAGAGAUAGAAAGAAGAAGAAAAGAAGAGAUAGAGAAAGGUCAUACAGUAGGAGCAGAAGUAGGAGCAGGGAAAGAGAGAAGGACAAAUAUAGAGACAGACAUAGAGACAGAGACAGAGAUAGAGAUAGGGACAGGGGGGACAGGAAGAACAGAGAUAGGGGUCAUGAGAUGCCUGUUGAAGUGGAAGUUGGCAAGAUAUACUCAGGAAAGGUUACCAGUAUAAUGCAGUUUGGUUGUUUUGUAUCUGUGGAAGGUGUCAGAAAGAGAAGUGAAGGACUUGUACACAUUUCACAGUUACGCAGAGAAGGGCGUGUUUCAAAUGUGUCGGAUGUUGUGCAAAAAGGUCAGGGUGUAAAGAUCAAAAUACUCUCUUAUACUGGAAACAAAAUGAGUCUUUCAAUGAAGGAUGUUGAUCAAGAAACUGGUCGAGACUUGAACCCAAAGCAAACAGAUGCUAUAACUGGUGGGGAACGAGACACCGUCAAUGAGUUACGUAAUCCUGAUAGACCGUCAACCAUGCCUCUAGUCAGUGUACCGGAACAGAAUGAUGUGACUGAACGUAAAAGAGCCCUGAGAAUGUCGUCACCAGAAAAAUGGGAAUGGAAGCAGAUGGCGGCAGCAAAUGUGGUAGAUGUCACAGAGUUACCUGACUUUGAUGAAGAAACAGGGGUACUACCAAAGGAAGAUGACUCUGAUGAGGAUAUAGAGAUAGAGAUGGUUGAAGAAGAAGCACCUUUUCUCACUGGUCACGGUAAACAAGGGUUAGAUCUCAGCCCUGUCAAAAUUGUUAAGAAUCCAGAUGGUUCUCUGUCUCAAGCAGCUAUGAUGCAGAGUGCGCUACAGAAGGAGAGGCGAGAAAUAAAACAGGCACAGCGAGAAGCUGAGAUGAACUCAUUACCAACUAGUGGAGGCAGUGAAUGGCAGGACCCAAUGGCAGAUGGUGAUAAAAAGUUGGCAAGUAUGAGAGGUGUGGGAUCAGCUCCUGCUGACCUUCCAGAGUGGAAGAAACAUAUCACUGGGGGACAGAAAGCCUCGUACGGCAAGAAAGAGAAAAAAUCAUUGCUGGAACAAAGACAGAGUUUACCCAUCUAUAAACUUAAAGAUGAACUUAUAAAGGCUGUGAAUGACAACCAGGUGUUGAUUGUUAUUGGAGAGACGGGUUCAGGGAAGACAACUCAGAUAACACAGUAUCUCGCCGAGGCAGGUUACACUACACGCGGGAAGAUUGGUUGUACACAACCACGUCGUGUAGCUGCUAUGUCUGUGGCUAAAAGAGUAUCUGAAGAAUUUGGUUGCAGACUUGGUCAGGAGGUUGGUUACACGAUUCGUUUUGAAGACUGUACAAGCCAGGAGACCAAGAUCAAAUACAUGACAGAGGGUAUGUUACUGAGAGAGUGUCUAAUAGACAGAGAUCUGACACAGUAUCAGAUUAUGAUGUUGGAUGAGGCCCAUGAGAGGACAGUCAGUACUGAUGUUCUGUUUGGUUUACUUAAGGAGGCAGUAAAGAAAAGGAAAGAUCUGAAAUUGAUUGUGACGUCUGCCACACUAGAUGCAGUCAAGUUUUCACAGUAUUUCUUUGAAUCUCCUAUUUUCACUAUUCCUGGUCGCACAUAUCCUGUUGAAAUUUUGUACACAAAAGAAGCCGAGACAGACUACCUGGAUGCUUCAAUGAUAACAGUAAUGCAGAUACAUUUAAUGGAGCCACCGGGAGACAUUUUGUUGUUUUUGACGGGUCAGGAGGAGAUUGACACAGCAUGUGAGAUAUUGUACGAGCGUAUGAAGGCGCUUGGUCCUGAGGUACCGGAACUUAUCAUCUUACCUGUCUAUAGUGCUCUUCCCAGUGAAAUGCAGACAAGAAUCUUUGAUCCAGCCCCUCCUGGUUCUAGAAAGGUUGUCAUAGCUACCAAUAUUGCUGAGACAUCACUGACUAUAGAUGGUAUAUAUUAUGUUGUGGAUCCCGGAUUUGUCAAACAGAAUGUGUACAAUGCAAAAACUGGAAUGGAUCAACUUAUUGUCACACCUAUUUCACAGGCCCAAGCAAAGCAGCGUGCAGGUCGCGCUGGCCGUACAGGACCGGGUAAAUGCUACAGACUAUACACGGAACGAGCGUACAGAGAUGAAAUGUUACCAACAAAUGUGCCUGAAAUUCAGAGAACUAACUUAGCAAGUGUUGUGCUAUCUUUAAAAGCUAUGGGAAUAAAUGAUUUAUUAACAUUUGAUUUUAUGGAUGCUCCGCCUAUGCAAACAUUGGUUGCGGCUAUGGAACAGCUUCAUGCACUCAGUGCGUUAGAUGACGAGGGGCUGUUAACAAGGCUUGGCAGACGGAUGGCUGAGUUUCCACUAGAGCCCAUGUUAUCAAAGAUGUUGAUUAUGUCUGUACACCUUGGCUGCUCCGAUGAAAUUCUCACUAUUGUGUCAAUGUUAUCUGUACAAAAUGUCUUCUACAGACCCAAGGAUAAACAGGAGUUAGCUGACCAGCGUAAAGCCAAGUUCCAUCAGAUAGAAGGGGAUCAUGUAACAUUGUUGGCAGUUUACAAUGCUUGGAAAAAUAAUAAAUUCUCCAGUCCAUGGUGCUUUGAGAACUUUGUGCAGGUGCGAACACUUAAACGAGCACAGGAUGUAAGGAAACAGAUGUUGGGCAUUAUGGAUAGACACAAGCUCGAUGUGGUGUCAAGUGGUAAGAACACAUCGAAGGUACAGAAGGCAAUAUGUAGUGGUUUCUUCAGGAACGCUGCCAAGAAAGAUCCACAGGAAGGAUAUAGAACACUUGUGGACAGCCAGGUUGUCUAUAUACACCCCUCUAGUGCUUUAUUCAACAGGCAGCCAGAAUGGGUAAUAUAUCAUGAACUUGUAUUGACAACAAAGGAAUACAUGAGAGAAGUAACAGCGAUGGACCCUAAAUGGUUGGUCGAGUUUGCUCCAAAAUUCUUCAAGUUCUCUGACCCAACAAGACUGAGUAAACAAAAGAAACAACAAAAGAUUGAGCCAUUAUAUAAUAAGUAUGACGAUCCAAACUCAUGGAGAAUAUCCAGGGCUUUCAGAAAGUUCCAUACAAAAGUUACAUUCUGAAUGGAUUACACCAUUGUGUAUGUUACUAGGCAUUCUUAGUGGAUUGCACCUGUGUAUAGGAUACUGUACAUUCUGUGUGGCUGACACCAUUGUAUAAGUUACUGUAAAAUCUGAGUGGAUUACACCAGUGUAUAAGUUACUGUGCCUCCGUGGUUUCUGUGUGAAAGUGUACAUCAAACAGUGACAUUCUGAAGGAAGAAUUGACAUACAGCUAUCACUGCUCAGUGGCUCAAGCACCCAGGCUUACUUCAGUAAUUCAUUUGGUCCUCGACAGUUUUACUUGUAUAUUCUAAGUUUGGAUUACUUGCAACCUUGGAUAACUCGAACAUUUAGCUUAUCCCUGUGCAGCCUUUAGUAUUGGUUGCACUUGAUGUCUACACAACCUACAUGACAGGGUGUUAUUUAUGUAAUCGGUAACUUACAGAUAUUACAUAAUGAGGAGGUUUUCACAGUUAUUUUUAAACAGUAAAGUCCUGUUCGAAAUACUCUACAAUCUCUUCAGCCAUUUUGUUCCUUUUUGGUACAUGACCUUUCAGCUAAAUGUAUACAAUUGAUGUUACACACAGUAGCUAGUGUAAUGGAUAUUUGAUUCUCCUUAAACAUGGUUCUGUUAUGUCAGAGAAUUUAAUGAAAAUGUCACUGGAAAGUUUUGAAAGAAGAUUUCAAAUGAAAGAGAUACAUGGAAGGAAAGAAAAAUCUUGCAAUAUUUUAGUUUUACAGAUACUAAGAAGUCUUUUAAUUUUGUUGUCUGUAGAUUGGGUAAUGUUUUCAUUGAUUUUUUAGCUCACCUGAGCAAUGCGUUCUUCUGAUCACUCGAUGUCCGGCGUCUGUCUAUCGUCUGUCUGUCUGUCCGUCAACAUUUCGCUUGUGUAUGCGAUAGAGGCUGUAUUUUUCAACUGAUCUUCAUGAAGUUUGGUCAGAAUGAUUAACUUGAUGAAAUCUAGGCAGAGUUCCAAAAUGGGUCAUCUGGGGUCAAAAACUAGGUCACUAGGUCAAAUCAAAGAAAAACCUUGUGUAUGCGAUAGAGGCUGUAUUUUUCAAUUAAUCUUCAUGAAUUUUGUCAGAAUGAUUACCCUGAUGAAAUCUAGGCAGAGUUCGAAAAUGGGUCAUCUUGGGUCAAAAACUAGGUCACUAGGUCAAAUCAAAGAAAAACUUUGUGUAUGCGAUAGAUGCUGUAUUUUUCAAGUAAUCUUCAUGAAUUAUGGUCAGAAUGAUAACCUUGAUGAAAUCUAGGCCGAGUUCGAAAAUGGGUCAUCUGGGGUCAAAAACUAGGUCACUAGGUCAAAUUAAAGAAAAACCUUGUGUAUGCAAUAGAGGCUGUAUUUUUCAAUUGAUCUUUAUGAAAUUUGGUCAGAAUUAUUGCCUUGAUAAAAUCUAGGUCAACUUCGAAUAUGGGUCAUCUGGGGUCAAAAAGUAGGUCAUUAGGUCAAAUCAAAGAAAAACCUUGUGUAUGCGAUAGAGGCUAUUUUUUUCAGUUGAUCUUCAUGAAAUUCAGUCAGAAUGAUUGCCUUAAUAAAAUCUUGGUCAAGUUUGAAUAUGGGUCAUCUUGGAUCAAAAUUAAGUCACUAGGUCAAAUCAAAGAAAAACCUUGUGUAUGCAAUAGAGGCUGUAUUUUUCAAUUAAUCUUCAUGAAUUUUGGUCAGAAUGAUUACCCUGAUGAAAUCUAGGCAGAGUUCGAAAAUGGGUCAUCUUGGGUCAAAAACUAGGUCACUAGGUCAAAUCAAAGAAAAACUUUGUGUAUGCCAUAGAGGCUGUAUUUUUCAAGUAAUCUUCAUGAAUUUUGGUCAGAAUGAUAACCUUGAUGAAAUCUAGGCCGAGUUCGAAAAUGGGUCAUCUGGGGUCAAAAACUAGGUCAGAAUUAUUGCCUUGAUAAAAUCUAGGUAGAGUUUGGUUAUUGGUCAUCUGUGGUCAAAAACUAGGUCACUAGGUCAAAUCAAAGAAAAACCUUGUGUAUGCAAUAGAGUCUGUAUUUUUCAAUUGAUCUUUAUGAAAUUUGGUCAGAGUGAUUUCCUUGAUGAAAUCUAGGUCAAGUUUGAAUAUGGGUCAUCGGGGGUCAAAAACAAGGUCACUAGGUCAAAUAAAAGAAAUACUUGUGUUUGCUCCAAUUUUAAUGAUACUUGGUCAGAAUAUUUUUUCCAUGCAAUCACUAGGUCUAUGUUUAUACUGUUAUGGUGUAUUAUGGUGUGUUUCUCAGGUGAGCGACCUAGGGCCAUCUUGGCCCUCUUGUUUAUGAUAUUCACUAAUAACACCACUCACAAAUUUGAAAUAUUCCUGAAUAUUAAAGGCUCAUAAUGCCUUUGUUUAUUAUGUGGCUGCCACAUCUUUCGUUAUCAAUGUCAAAUAUAUUAAUUUCAUGGUAUAUCCUAUUUUCAAUAAUUAUUUUCUCUAAUAUUUGACCAAGGUUUGAAUAUUGAUUAACAUAAUGCAAAAGUUUUAGUUAGUCUAUUGUUUUUGAUUACCUCCCUUGAUGGCUGUAACUGUAAAAGUUCAUGUGCAGUAUUAAAAGUGGUGAUUUUCUAACCAUGUAAUUAUGCAUAACCACACACAUUUCAUCUGUUUUUAACUUAAAAUUGAAAGCCUUAUGGAAUUGUAAUCUGCGUCAUGUCCUAGAACACAAACACUCGUGUUUUGCAAAUUCUUAGUAGUGCGAAGGAAGCUAUUAACUUUGAAAUCGCUGAAUCAAGUCUAUGUAUAAAUUACCCAAUUUAUAGUGUUUCAUUGGGACAUAAAAGAUAAGAUAAAUCAUAACUGUACAUUAAUUGUUGAGGUUUUGCUUGUUGGAUUAACUUAGCUACAGAAUUAACUUAGCUACAGAAUCCGCAAGAUUUCCAAGGAGUAUUACCAAUUUUGACUGUAUAACUAUUUACAGCUUGUAUUAAGUUUAUGACUUGUACAUACUAGUAAAUUUAUGUAUUUUCAUUUGUGUUAAAUACAUGUUUACAACUGUGAUGAACUUUUAAAUCUUUUAUCAAUUUAUGAGUAAAAAAACAACUUGAAGUAAAUAAAUGUGAAAAUUGUA